UUAAUGCUAAAUAAAAUCUCACACCAAAUUAGUUUCUUCUCCUCACUGUUCUCUCUCUCUCUCUCUCUCUCUCUCUCUCUGAAACCCCACAGUGAGAGUACUCGGUGUUUCGCCAUUUUCUCACCGGAACCCUAGCUCUCGGCUUUGUGGUGGGGGUUUCUUCUUUUACUGUUGAAAUCCAAAGGGGGACUUUGUUGGGACUUUCUGGCUAAACAUUGAGCGCCGUGCUCUGCAUUUUUGGGUUCUUAGAUCGAAACCUCGCAGACCCUCUUUGCUGUUUCCCUUCUUAACUCUCUGAUUUGUGUUUCUGAAGCUCAAAAAUCUUAGCUUUGAGAAGAAAUUUCUAGGUUUUUGCUUUACACGCUUUACCUCUCAGAAAAUCCUAUCAUUUCAGCUAGUUCUUUCGUUUUUGCGUCCUGGGGUUUCUUUGUUUACCAAUGCUACUUCUUUUCUGGUAUCUAGUAGUUUCCACUUAAACAUUUCUUGGUUUUCCGGAGCUACAAAUCUAGCCGUUAUAGAAAAAGUUGGCCUUUUGCUUUUGUUUUCUUCUGUUUUUGGAAUUUCUUGGGUUGUGUAUGCGUUUAGGUUAGCUUGUUGGUUUCAAAGUCUGUGAGUCUCUGAAGCUCAGAAUGAGUGAUUUCAGGCUCUAUUUUCUUCUGCGCCGGCACUAAUUUCUCAUGGCUCUGUUGGGUCUUCGAGUUUCUUAGAACUACCAGCAGGCAAUGCUAGCAUUGUUGAGAAUGAAACGCCAACUCAGUUUGUUGUCGUUGUUGUUGCUGUUGCUGUUGCUGGCUGUAAUACCAGCUGUUGUGAGAUCUCUGAGUCCAUCAUUAAACGACGACGUGCUGGGGCUCAUUGUGUUGAAGGCUGAUAUCCAAGAUCCGAAGGGAAAGCUUGUGUCUUGGAAUGAAGACGAUGAUAGUCCUUGUAACUGGGUUGGUGUGAAAUGCAACCCUAGAUCCAACAGGGUCUCCGAGCUCAACCUCGAUGGCUUUUCUCUUUCAGGUCAUAUAGGCCGAGGCCUUCUCCAACUCCAAUCUCUGCGCAAGCUAUCUUUGGCCAAAAACAAUCUCACCGGAACCAUAACCCCCAACAUUGCACGGCUGGACAGUCUUCGAGUGCUCGAUUUGAGUGAGAAUGGCCUAUCUGGAGCUAUACCAGAGGAUUUCUUUAGGCAAUGUGGGUCUCUACGAGUCAUUUCAUUGGCCAAGAACAAGCUCUCUGGGAAGAUACCAGACAGUUUGAGCUCGUGUUCAACUCUUGCGUCUAUUAACUUUUCGUCGAAUAAGUUUUCGGGGUCUUUACCAUCUGGGAUUUGGUCUUUGAAUGGGCUUAGAUCGUUGGAUUUAUCGGAUAACUCCUUGGAGGGUGAGAUUCCAAAGGGGAUUGAAGGUUCGAAUAAUUUGAGAGCCAUUAACUUGGGUAAGAACCAGUUCUCUGGGAAGGUUCCUGAUGGCAUUGGAAGUUGUUUGCUUUUGAGGUUCAUUGAUCUUAGUGAGAAUUCAUUUUCCGGGACCCUUCCAGAGACAUUGCAGAAGCUUUCAUUGUGUAAUUAUCUUAAUUUGCACAUGAAUUCUUUUACUGGUGAGGUUCCUGAUUGGAUUGGAGAAAUGAAAAGCCUUGAAACUUUGGACUUUUCGUCCAAUAGUUUUUCUGGUCAGCUCCCAUCUUCAAUAGGGAAUCUUCAGUCGUUGAAGGUUUUGAAUUUUGCCGCCAAUGGUUUUACAGGAACCUUGCCGGAGUCCAUGGUUAAUUGCAAAAACCUUGUGGUCUUAGAUCUCAGCCAUAAUUCGUUGAAGGGUGAUCUUCCUGCGUGGAUUUUCAAGUCAGGAUUACAAGAAGUUUCGCUUUCGGAGAAGAAACUGAGUGGAAGCAUGAAUAGUCCUUUAGCUUCGUCAGUGGGGAGCUCACUUGAAAUCUUGGAUUUGUCCCACAAUGCAUUUUCUGGUGAAAUUGCAUCUUCAGUUGGGGCUUUGAGAAGCUUGCAGUUCUUGAGUCUGUCUAAGAACUUUCUUGUUGGUCCUAUUCCAGUGUCAAUUGGAGAGUUGAAGGCCCUGAAUAAUCUUGAUUUGAGUGAGAAUCAGCUGAAUGGAAGUAUUCCACUGGAAAUUGGAGGAGUUGUUUCUUUGAAUGAACUGAGGCUGGAGAAAAACUUUCUAUGGGGGCAGGUUCCAACUUCAAUUGAGCACUGUUCUUCUUUAACAACGUUGAUUGUAUCUCAGAACAGAUUGAGUGGCUAUAUACCUAUAGCAGUAGCCAAACUUACAAACUUACAGAAUGUGGACUUGUCCUUUAACAACCUUUCUGGAAGCUUACCCAAGCAAUUGGCCAACCUUCCCCACCUUCUCACCUUCAAUAUUUCUCACAAUAAUCUCCAGGGUGAAUUACCUGCUGGUGGUUUUUUCAACACCAUCUCCCCUUUCUCUGUCACUGGAAACCCGUCUCUUUGUGGUUCUGCGGUCAAUAAGUCUUGCCCUGCGGUACUUCCCAAACCCAUUGUCCUCAAUCCUAACUCCUCUUCUGAUUCCACAUCUAGUUCAUUACCUCCAAAUAUUGUUCACAAAAGAAUUAUCCUCAGCAUUUCCGCACUCAUCGCCAUUGGAGCAGCUGCAGUCAUUGUCGUUGGUGUUAUUGCCAUCACUGUACUUAAUCUCCAUGUUAGGUCAUCCGCAGCUAGAUCUGCAGCUGUUCUUACAUUAUCUGCUGGGGAUGAGUUUAGCCAUUCUCCCACUACAGAUGCCAAUUCUGGCAAGCUUGUAAUGUUUUCUGGUGACCCUGAUUUCAGCACAGGAGCACAUGCUUUGCUCAACAAGGACUGUGAGCUUGGCCGUGGUGGUUUUGGAGCAGUGUACCGGACUGUUCUUCGAGAUGGGCACCCAGUUGCAAUAAAGAAGCUCACUGUCUCAAGUCUUGUCAAGUCUCAAGAAGAUUUUGAAAGAGAAGUUAAGAAACUGGGGAAGGUCAGGCACCCUAAUCUUGUGGCACUUGAAGGUUAUUACUGGACACCAUCAUUACAGCUCCUCAUAUGUGAGUUUGUCUCUGGUGGUAGUUUGCAUAAACACAUCCAUGAAGGAUUAGGUGGAAACUUCCUCUCAUGGAAUGAGAGGUUCAAUAUAAUUCUUGGGACAGCAAAAAGCUUGGCUCACUUGCAUCAAUUGAACAUAAUUCAUUACAAUAUAAAAUCAAGUAAUGUCCUGAUUGACAGCACUGGUGAACCUAAAGUUGGAGAUUUUGGUCUAGCAAGAUUGUUGCCAAUGCUUGACCGUUACGUUUUAAGCAGCAAGAUUCAGAGUGCUUUAGGGUACAUGGCACCUGAGUUUGCCUGUAGAACUGUAAAGAUAACUGAGAAGUGUGAUGUGUAUGGAUUUGGGGUUUUAGUUCUGGAGGUGGUUACUGGGAAAAGGCCUGUGGAGUACAUGGAAGAUGAUGUCGUGGUGCUCUGUGACAUGGUUAGAGGAGCACUGGAGGAAGGCAGGGUGGAGGAAUGUGUUGAUGGGAGGCUUCAGGGUAACUUCCCGGCUGAGGAGGCGAUUCCUGUAAUGAAGUUGGGGUUGAUAUGCACAUCGCAAGUGCCAUCAAACCGGCCAGACAUGGGAGAGGUAGUUAAUAUAUUGGAACUCAUCAGAUGCCCUUCAGAAGGCCAAGAGGAAUUGGAAUGAAUUUUUACUUAUCAGGGAUUGGGAGAAGGGAUUUAAAUGAGUUGCCUGGCGAAGAAGAAUCCGGUUUUGUUCAUUUAUCUGAGAGAAGAAAAAUUUGAAUGUUGGAAAAUUUUUCCUUUUUUUUUCUUUCUUCUUGUGGUUUUUCAUGUUUGUUUCCUGUUUAUGUUUGUGGUUUCUCCUCUUAUGUAAUAGUCAGGUCGCCGGAUUCCUUUUCACCGGGUCCCAGUUUGGUUCCCUAACAAAUAUUGUUACCAUGUUACUAAUCUUUUGUCA